UCGAAAGCGGCGGCAGGGCCAGGCCCGGGCCUCGCCUCCGCGCGGCGUGAGUGAGCCAGCGCGGGGACCCAGGGGCGUCCCGUCGCGUUUCUGAGGGGCACCCGGGGCUGGUGCCUCUUCCGGCAGUGGGGCGUUCGUAUGGACGGGCUCCUUCCUUGGGCAGCGCUGCCGAGAGGCGCAGGCACUUCUCCUGCGUGUCAGUCCGUGCGAUCGCCGUCUCCGUUUCCCUCCCGUGCAGGCAGCUCCGCGUUACUGGAACCGUAACCCGUCGAUCUGUGAGGAUUUCUUUCUGAGGCAGCGCUAGCAAGAAAAACCAAGACCACAAUGAAACACGAAGCAUUUUUACAAGUUGUGUCUAAAGAGUCAGUUGAAGACUUCUUGCGUUAUACUCAGAAUCCUAAAAAUAUAUUUGAUCCUUUCGACUUGAAUGAACUACUUCAAGAAUUGCCAAGAAAACAAAAAGAAGUACUAUGGGAGAGACUGACGCAGCUAAUGACAGAGAGUUUGAUGGAGGACCCUGUGGAAACAUGGCAGAGGGUUGAAGAUAAUGAAAAUAAUGAUGGCAUGGAAGUUGAGAUAGUUCCAGAAAUGAAACAAACUGUAGCUGUGAUCCAAGGAGUGACAGCUGUAGUUACUGCUUCCAUACCUGCAGUAGAUGAAACUGUAAACUACAAAGCUCUUCUAGAAUGUGUUUUUAUUUUAAACGGUGUUCUUCCUGCAUUACCUGAAUCUGAAAAAGUCCUAAAGGGUGCUAUCCAACGUGUAUGUGAAAUGUGGUGGGAGAAAGGACUGGAAGGGAAGGAGCAGCUAGGGAAGACUCUAUUUAUCAUUCUGCUAAAAAAAAGCCUGAAUAAAGCUGCUACGGGUGCAGAUGUAGUUCGUAUAUGGAAUCAACAUCAGAUAUUACUUUGUUUUGAUUAUGACUCAGAGGAGAGCGAUGAAGUGAAGGACUUGUUGCUUCAGUGUUUUAUAAGUGUAAAACACAUUAAAAAAGAAGAGGGAAGAAGAUUCUUGAGCUUUUUGUUCAGCUGGAAUGUAAACUUCAUUAAAAUGAUACAUGGAACUGUUAAAAACCAAUUACAAUUCUUUCCAAGAUCCUUGAUGGAAUACAUUUCAGAAGUUUACUUCAGGGCCUGGAAGAAGGUGUCAGGAGAAUUCAUAGAGAUACUUGAACAUAACUGCAUUCAGGAUUUCAUGCAUCAUGGAAUUCAUCUUCCCAGAAGUUCUUCUGUUCAUUCUAAAGUUAGAGAGAUGCUGAGUUAUUUUCAUAAACAAAGUAAAGUUCGUCAAGGAGUUGAAGAAAUGCUCUAUAGAUUGUAUCAGCCUAUCCUUUGGAGAGCACUGAAGGCCAGAAACUCAGAAGUUCGAUCAAAUGCAGCAUUUUUGUUUGUUGAUGCUUUUCCUGUUCGUGAUCCCAGUUUUAACACUGAAGAGAUGGACAAUGAAAUUCAGAAACAGUUUGAUGAACUUUUUAGUCUCUUAGAAGACCCUCAUCCAGUUGUCCGCUCUACAGGGAUACUCGGAGUUACUCAGAUAACUUCCAAAUACUGGGAGAUGAUUCCUCCAACACUUCUUGCUGAUCUUUUAAAAAAACUAAUUGGAGAGCUGACGUGUGAUAUAACAUCUGCUGAUGUUCGAUGCUCUGUUUUUAAAUGUCUACCAAUAAUUUUGGACAACAAACUAAGUCAUCCAUUACUGGAACAGCUCCUGCCUGCAGUCAAACACAGUCUUCAUGACAAUUCAGAGAAAGUGCGAGUGGCUUUUGUUGAUAUGCUGCUGAAAAUUAAGGCUACUAAGGCUGCUAAGUUCUGGAAAAUCUGUCCCAUGGAGCAUCUUCUGAGUCGUCUUGAAGUUGAUUCACAGCCUGUGUCACGACGCAUAGUGAAUCUCCUAUUCAACUCUUUCUUUCCCAUUGACCAACCUGAGGAUGUGUGGUGUGAGCGCUGUGUUACUCUAAUCCAGAUGAAUUCAGCAGCAGCUAGAAAGUUCUAUCAAUAUGCUUAUGAAUAUACUGCCCCCACCAAUAUAGCUAAAUUGAUGCUUACUAUUCGGCGCUGCUUGAAUGCCUGCAUCCAGAAAGCAAUGAAAGAGAGUCUUCGUGAUAGUGACGGUGAUCAUGAUGACGAUGAUGAUGAAAGUGAAAAGGAGAAUACAAGUGUGUUGAAUAAUGUGUUGUCAAUAAAUGAUGCGGCCAGCAUGGCAAGUUUAUUGGAGAUUACUGUAAUUCUCUGGAGAAGUAUCCACAAAGCACUAGAUCACAAUGAAGAUGCCAAAGAUUAUGCUAUCAGAAAAUUUGCUUCUGUACUUCCUGAAUAUUUUAAAGUAUUUAAGGAUGAGCGUUGCAUGACUCCAUUGGUUAUUCUGGCAUCCUUUAUGCCCCCUGCUGCUAUUCCUACAUUCAGCUGUGGUGUGAUCUCCAGACUCAGAAAUAUUGACAAUGGAGCUGACCAAAGCAAAUAUUCUCCCCUGAUAGACUGCAUGUGUCGCUGGGGUCAAGUAGGACAUGUUUUGGAAUUAGCCUGUGAUUGGUUGUCUGACGUGCUAACUGCAAGAAAGAGUAUUAAAACAUCUGAACGACGAGUACGUAUCCAUGUAACACAUGAAUCGAAGCCAGAAUUAGCAAUUGAUUACAUUGAAUAUUUAUUGACUCAUCCUGUUAAUCGUAGUUGCCUACUCUCUGUUCCUAAAAAGAAACUGAAGAAACUUUUGAAAAUUCUCAGUGCUGCAAAGGAGGUUCUUGGCUCAAUUCUGAAAGCAACUGAUGCAGGUUCUGGUAGCUGCAACCAAGCAACUGGCCUAAGAGCCUUCAGCCUCUUUUGCAGGUUGAGUAUUCAUCUUCAGAACAAGUUUUCUGAAGAAGGAAAAGAUUACGUCUCACUUCUGAAGGAGACAGGUGCUUGGAUAGAAAGUCAAGUUGUACCUUUUAUACUAGCAAGUGAUCAAGAGGAUGACAUUUCAAAACACAAUAUUGUUUCUGAAUUAAUUAUCCAGGCUUACCUGACAAUAUGUAAGGAUGUCAUAAUGGUUAGCCUUGGAAAUAUCACAUUUCAAGCACACCUUUUAGAUAUUGCUCUUUCAGUUAUACAAACAGAGAGAGGCGGCUUUUGUGCUCCACUGUUACUGUAUGCUCUAAAAGAAAUUAUUGAAGCUUCUUUAACUCAGAAUACUGAGACAGAUGAAGUGGCAAAUCUUUUCCAUGCUGUACAGACAGUCUUCCAGAAAGUUUUAGAAUGUGUGGCAUGUAGACUGAAGAAAGAGCAGGAAGAAGGGAUUCAGUUGAUUCACUCUAUUCAAAUGCCUCUUGGAGAAUUCAUACAUGCAGUCCAGUGCUGGCAUUCAUCUUGCCCAGCAGUUCACCAAGGUGUACUCUCUACUCUCAUUGGUGCAAUAGUAGCAGAGAUAAUUUGUGUGCUACAGAAGGCUUCCAGUGAAAAAGACUUAACUGUACCAAAGACUAUUUCAGACCUUCCUCCUCUUUCAAGCAGUUUAAUGGCCACAAUUAUGAAGUCAGUUAAUGUUGUCAGGUCAUUUUUAAAUGAAUUAAUGGAAUGCAUUCUCUCUGAAGAAAUUGAAGGGGUUUUUAGUCUAACAGCUACUGUUUGCAUUGUGAUUGUAAUUAAAGGUAAGCACAAAACUUCACUUCUAAAGGAUAUUGCACCUGCCAUUCAAAGGAAACUGUUAACAUGCAAGGAUGCUGCCACAGAAGAAUCUAGCAGCACUGAAAGAAUCCUGUAUGAAUCAUGUCGGAAAAUUUUGGAUGAAUUUUUGAAUCCUUGACCACGCAGAAGCUUUUGUCAUGAAAAUUAAAGGAAGGAAGAUGUACUGGUUUUUAAAAAAUAUUCUCUCAUAAACUUUUUAAUAGUUAAAGUUUGUUUUCAGUUAUUCUGUACAUUUAAAGCAGGGAAAAUGUAUAAAAGUGUGUAUAGAAAUCAUGUAAUAGUAAAGAUUUUUUAAACAUCUGUAAAAAGGUUAUUCUGUAUUAAAAUGUCAUAUUUAGGCAGGGAUGUAAAAUCAGUAUCUUUGUUUUUAUAAAACAAAUAAUUGUGUCUUAUGUACUUUGAGAAUGAGGUCGCACAUAACCUCAGUCCCUGGGAAUACUAUAGAGCAUAGUCCUAGAAGUUAUGGAAAUUAAUUUUAUUUCAAGACACAUGAAGGACAAAAUGGUGAUUGAGAAUAGCCAUCAUGAAUCCACCAGGGGCAAACUCUGCCUAACCAACCUGAUUUCCCUCCUGUUUGUGGAAGAAGACAGAGCAGAGAAUGCCAUCUUUCCUGUCCUUCGCAAAGACUUUUACACAGGCUUAUAUAAGUACCCUUACAGCCAAAUUGGAGAGAGGUGGACUGGGUGGGGGGACUUAGAAGGUGGGUGAGAAACUAGCUGGACCAUCAGACUUGAAGGAUAAUGAUGCUACACAGUCAGACUGAAAGCCAGUUACAAGUGGCAUUCCUCAGGGCAGAUAACUGUUGCCAAUACUAUUUAACAUUUUUAUUAAAAGCUUGAGCGAUGGGAUGAAAUGCAACCUCAGUCUGUUGGCAGGUGACACCAACUUGGGAGCAAUGGUUGAUACACCAAGGGGUAGGGUUGUCCCAUUCAAUGGGAUCCGGACAAGCUGGACUUCAGGACCAACAAAUCUCAUGAUGUUCAACAAAGACACGUGCUCUUCUACCAGUAAUGGACUAAUCCUGUACACCAACGUAGGCGAGUGCAGAAGGGCAGUCUUGCUGCUGUCUUCACCUUACCUGGACGAGGAUUAAGAAAAGACUUUCUUCAGAGGUACGCGUGAAGAGAAUAUGAGGCAACAGAAAUAACUUGCAGCAAGAGAAAUUCUUGUUGUAGGUAAGAAAAAAAAUUUUCAUUAUGAGAGUGAAUUGAAACUGGAAAUGGAACAGGGACAGGUUGCUCAGAAAGGCUGUGGAACAUCCAUCCUCGGAGAUGUGCAGAACUUGACUGACGAGGCCCUGACCAUUGUGUCAUAAUUUUGAAGCUGGGGGUUGGACCAGAUGAUCUCCUGAGCUUCCUCCCAACUUGAAUAUUCGUGUGAUUCAGUGACAAGUGCACUGGAGGGGAAAUGCCCUAGCUAUUAAACAUAUACUUGAUUAAUAUGUAAGUUAAACUGUUUUAUAUUUAGCUAGUUUUAUAAAUUAAUACUAAUGAUGCAGGUAAUGCAGACAUGUAAGCCACUUAUUUAAUUUUCUUAAUGCAACCAGAUGCUUUCCUAAGACUAGUAAUAGAAUGCCGAUUGCAGAAUGUUAUUUUGCCUUAACUGAGAUAUCUGUAAAUUAGAUGUCUAAGCUCAUGGCAUGGUUUAACCCCAGCCAGCAACUACGUACCACACAGCCACUCACUCGCUCCCCUGCCCCUGGUGGGAUGGGGAAAGAAUUGUGAGGGUAAAAGCAAGAAACUCGUUGGUUGAAAUAAAAGCAGUUUAAUAAUUAGAAAGAAAUAGUAAUAUAAGGAAAAGAGAAAAAAAAUAACAGAGAGAGGAAAAUAAAACCCAAGAAAGACAAGUGAUGCAUAUGAAAACAAUUGCUCAGCACCCACGGACCGAUGCCCAGCCAGUCCCUGAGCAGCGGCCCCCACCUGCCUCCUCUCCAGUUUUAUUGCUGAGCAUGAUGUCAUAUGGUCUGGGAUAUCCCUUGGGUCAGUGGGGGUCAGCUGCCCCAUCUGUGUCCCCUCCCAACUCCUUGUGCCCCCCCAGCCUGCUCGCUGGUGGGGUGGGGUGAGGAGCAGAAAAGGCUUUGGCUCUGUGUAAGCACUGCUCAGCAAUAAUGAAAACAUCCCUGUGUUAUCAACACUGUUUUGGUCACAGAUCCAAACCAUAGCACCCUACCAGCUGCUAUGAAGAAGUGUAACUCUCUCCCAGCCAAACCCAGUACAGCUCAUAAUGCUACAUUUUUGUCUGGUUUAGAAGAAGAACUAACAGGAAUCCCCAGAAAAUGAUUCAGCCACAGACUAACAGUAGCAUACAGCGACCAGCUUAGACCUGGGUAUCUAACACUUAGUUAUCUACAAUUAAGUGAAGUGAUUCUCACUAUGUGUCUGUGCAAAUGGCUUAUUGCGGUCUCCAAUGUUACUGAGUGGCACUGAAACAGAAAUAACAAAUUUAGCCAAAUUAAGACAGGCUCUUAAGAUUUGUGCACAGUCCUGUACCCCCAUCUAUCUAAAUAGGCACUUACUGUGCUGUUUGUCUUUCUGUGGCAAGAGUUUGAAAGAUUUUUUUCUAGUAUCUGCUCUGUCAAGUGCAAUGAACUACCUUCAUCCUGCUUUACAUCAAAUUCAUACUUGACCUUAGUGCAUAAAACUUCCCUACUGGAUAAAAGCUUAUUUAGCUGGAAUGUUGAUAUUUAAUAGCAGUCAAAUUCUUAAUAAACAACUGUUAGGCUUUGCAACAGGAAAGUCAGUAUGUGUAUGGAUUCCUGAAUUCCUGAAGAUUUACCUUAUCCACAACAGCAGCCUGACCAAAAAGACUAAUGCUGCUGCAGCAGGUAUCUGUAGAUCUGCCAACUGUUUAUCUAUCAACAUCUUUAUAAAAACUGUGUUCUUUGGCCUUCAUUCUUCUACAUCUGUUAACAGGCAGGUGUUCCAGUAAUGACCUUUUAAAUCUUCUGAUUAUACAAAUUACUUAAUGAAUAUGUAAACCACAGCUUCUUUUUUCUGCUUCUCAGUCUUUCAGUAUUUGCUCAUAUUAUUAGAUUGGAAGAGAAUCCAAAUUUACUGCCUUGUUUUUCCUCAGUGUGUAAUACUGCUUUUUCAGUUUUCACUUUUCAUGGAAUACUUGUUACACAUGUAAUAUCCCUGAGCCUGGAAGAAAUAAGGGUAAUACCAACAUCAGAAAUAGGCAGAUUUCUUCUGAAGAACUCUGAGGUGAUAUUGCUAGGAAGGGUAAGAAAAUUUAAAGAUAAACCUUUGUCCUCCUGGUGGCUGCUACUCCAGUGGUUCUCAAGAGUGUUGAAAUUGUUUUGCGUUACUCGUGCACCUGGUGUAUAGAUUUCAGCUCAAUUUCUAGUCCAGCUCUACUAUAACUGCCCUGGCAGAUGAAAAAACCAUUGGCUUUCUGCAACACAAAUAAUGAUGUUCUUGGGAUUCUUUUAGCCAAGGUCUGUCAGUGUUUUCUCCUUGGGUCUUUGUGGCAAAAAUCUCAUGAGAGUUCUAGGUUUUACUUGCUGCUCUGAUUGCAGACUAAGUCUUGCAAAAAUGUUAAAUCCUUACACUUUCCUUCUGUUUUGAAGAUAUAAAUAAAUAGUAUGCUCCUUAAGCUGAGUUAUCUUUUAGAAACCUGUAAACCAGAUUUGUUUCAUCUUACUAAUCGAAAGUGCUGUUGAAGUGCUAUUGAGGGAGAAGGGUUGGUCUUUGGUUUUUGUUAUGGAAUAAUCUUGGUAUUCAGCCAGCUGCACUAUCCUAACUGUAUGUCUGAGAACUUCCCAUCAUUUUAAGACAGACCCUUUGAGAUCUGUUCAGCUUUUUCAAAAAGUUGAGCUUGACUUUGAUUAAUAAAUUUUCUUGCAAUAUGAACAAGAUAACACCAUUCUAACAUACUCCUUUGAGCAACUUGCAUUGGCAGUCACUGUUAAUUUACAACUGCCUGUAGCUGUAAGUGGCAUGCCUAUAGCUCUCCCCUUCACGCAUAUAUAUUCACUAUAAAUAUUACUGAAGAAAGCAAUAGCUUUAAACUAUGUGCAGUAAUCUUCUAUGUUUUAACUUUAUUUCUAGGGACUUGGUCCCUUUUUUGAUGACAAUGUCCAUUUGCUCUGUUGUCUGGCUGGGAAACAAAGUCCAGCAGUCUUCCAUCUAUUACAGCUUCAAAUUAUGCGCUAAAGAAAAACCAGGAGAAGCUCGCAAGCUUCUUCCUUAGCAAAUAAAUGUCUUCAGGUAUGGAUCCAAGCACACAGACUUUCAGACUUGCCAAGGAAAGAAAAAAUCUGCCUUGCACCUGCUGUUUACUCCCAUGAUAGCUGCAACUCACUUUGCAUUUAAACUCACAUGUGCUGCUGCUGUCAAGUGCUUUGAGGUCUUCUGACUUACAGAAGGAAAUCAGAGAGACUAAUUUUGAUAAAAAUCUUUCACCUCAUUUGAUAAAUGCGUAGCGAAGAAUACUUAUGAUAACGACUGCAAUGUGAAAUCACGAGACAUGCCCGCUACCUUGUAGUAUUAUUUGCUGAUCUGCUCCAGUGUCUUGUGAACCAAGAGCAUUGUCCAGUGUGCUGCCAUGUCUGUGCUAGGAGUACCUAUAGUGGUAGCUGCCCAUUUCAGACAGAAGAGCAUGGCUUAGUACUUACAUCUUGACAAUUAGCUGGUCAAGGGCAGCUUUCAGAAACAGCUGCAAAACUUUCCGCAUGCAGCCAGCAGUUCUUCAGUUUCAUUAAGCCGUUGCAAAUAGGCACAGAUCUUGCCUAAUCUACUUCACAUAAGACUUCGUGGUCCUGGGCUCUGUGUAGCUGUAUUGCUGCUUGUCUGAGCAUGACCCUAGGCACAGCCCUUGGCUUCAAAAACCUAUGUAAUUUUAGCUUUAAUUUACUCCACAAUCAUUGGGAUUUUUUCACUGGGUUAGGUUGUUUGGCAUAGAUGUGUCCUUAGUCUUCUCUAAUAACAGUGGGUCAUUUGUCCAGUUCAACAUCGUGGUUCUAGACAAGCUGCAGAAAUUACAUGCAUUAGUACUGAGGAAACUUUAGCAGUGGAAAUUCACUUUCUGUUAUAUCUGUUAGCAUUUUUUGGAAAACAGUAUCGCAGUAGGGAGUUCUGUUACUAUUAUUUUCUUACUGCUUAUGACUCUAGGAAGUAGAAGCUGUUACCAACCUUUUUCUCCUGUGUAAUUUUUUUUUUAACCUGAGGACCACCUUGUUUUCAGCAAAAUACCUUGGUUCUGAAACACAUGACUUCAUACUUAUUUAUUUCAUGGUGUGCUUCAGACUUCACUUUACUAAAUUCUUCCUGUGUAAAAUGCUAGUCCUUUGUUUGAUAUUGCUGUCAACUUUGACCCAGUUUCAAAUAUGUUCAAAUUUCAUUAGUUUAUGCUUAUUUUCUGUACUGUCAUUAAUGAAAGUAUUAAAUAAGGUGCCGUUCCAAAACAUCAUUAUUAAUUCCUUUUCAGCCUAAUCUAUUUCCCUCUUCCGUUCAAUUAGUUCCUUACCCAGCUUACGAUUCCUAUAAUAAGCCUUGUCUUGGGUUAAUAAUUUUUGUUUAUGCUGCAGUAACAGAUACUUUGCUGUAAAGCCUUACAUUUUAAGUAGGUGCAUUUUAGCGGUUCUUGCUGGAAAGGUAUGUGAAUCCUGUAGAGCUAUAUGCCUACAUCAAAGAACAUAUAGGAUAGAGUCAGCCCAGCCUCCUUUUGGGUUCUUUGCAAUGCAUAAUGACACAUGCUUCCUGCCUUUUGGGGUAAUUAUUAAACACUUACCUAAACUGUGCUAGCUCAACUUUCAUGUGAAUAAAGAAUAUUAAUUUGGCACAUUUUUUCUUUUGUUUCUUAAUGUAACAUUCCUUACUUACCAAUUGCCUAAAAUGGUACCUGAGUACCAGCUUAAUAGCAAGAAAUGUAGGCUUCAUGCACUGAGCUUUCUGAAAUCUUGCCAUGAUUAUUAAAAAAGGCAAGUAUUAGCAACCUUAUUUUCUCAGAAUAGCAUCUAAAGGAAAAAUACAGCACCUGUAAGAGGCUACGAACCCAAUGAGACCAAUCUAAGAGGGUACUUAAAAAAAACCAAAGCAAAAGGUGAAUCUAGUUCCUGCUCUAGGCUAUUUAAUGACGGUGUGACUGGAGUUCUCCCACUGCUCCAUUGAAGGAAAAGCUCCUUUUACUGAGGUAGCUCAUUUUACUGAUCAUAAUGGCAAAAGCUGUGUCCUUUCUUACAGCGUUCUCUGAGAUUGGACACUACUAAUACACAGUAUAAAGAAAAAGAUUUUAUUCUCAGUAUUUUCUCAGUUCCACACAGGGUUCUAAGGCUUGUCCUUUAUUGAAAAGCGGUCCUUUAUUAAAAGUGACCAUCCUUCAUGACAAAAAUAGAGUUACCUUUCUCUCAUCCUCUGUCCCCAGAUUCCGUCUCAUGGACCACUGCUCUUGAUCUGCAGGAUGGCUGUUUUCAUGUGGUUGUCCACCCACUAUAUGUAAAACACUUGUUUUGCAGUGAAAGCUGUUUCUAUCAAGUGCCUUAGCCAGUCAACGGGCUUAGCAGAUGAAUUUGCCCGUGUACAGGAGCUGCUAGGGGAAUGUGCAGUUUGAUGACCACAACAGCCUAUCUUCUUCAGAUGUUUCAAUCCACACUGGAUUCCUGCAACAAUAAUCAAGCUCAAGGACAGCAGCAAAAAUGUCUGAGACUUAAACUGCAUGGUGUACUAUACAACUAUGACCCAAGAAUCUUAUUUUUAAAUGAAAAAAUUAAAGGUGGGGUUACUAA